AUGGUGAGACUCACAUCACCACCGCGCCACCUACCGCACCACCCGCCACGCCACCCGCCACGCCACCCUCCACGCCCCCGCCCACGCCCCCACCCACGCCCCCGCCCUAUGGUAGACACCACCACCUCGCGGCCUGAAGACACCGCCACUGUGAAGACCACUCCCCAGGCACACCAGGUAGACACCACCACCUCGCGGCCUGAAGACACCGCCACUGUGAAGACCACUCCCCAGGCACACCAGGUAGACACCACCACCUCGCGGCCUGAAGACACCGCCACUGUGAAGACCACUCCCCAGGCACACCAGGUAGACACCACCACCUCGCGGCCUGAAGACACCGCCACUGUGAAGACCACUCCCCAGGCACACCAGGUAGACACCACCACCUCGCGGCCUGAAGACACCGCCACUGUGAAGACCACUCCCCAGGCACACCAGGUAGACACCACCACCUCGCGGCCUGAAGACACCGCCACUGUGAAGACCACUCCCCAGGCACACCAGGUAGACACCACCACCUCGCGGCCUGAAGACACCGCCACUGUGAAGACCACUCCCCAGGCACACCAGGUAGACACCACCACCUCGCGGCCUGAAGACACCGCCACUGUGAAGACCACUCCCCAGGCACACCAGGUAGACACCACCACCUCGCGGCCUGAAGACACCGCCACUGUGAAGACCACUCCCCAGGCACACCAGGUAGACACCACCACCUCGCGGCCUGAAGACACCGCCACUGUGAAGACCACUCCCCAGGCACACCAGGUAGACACCACCACCUCGCGGCCUGAAGACACCGCCACUGUGAAGACCACUCCCCAGGCACACCAGGUAGACACCACCACCUCGCGGCCUGAAGACACCGCCACUGUGAAGACCACUCCCCAGGCACACCAGGUAGACACCACCACCUCGCGGCCUGAAGACACCGCCACUGUGAAGACCACUCCCCAGGCACACCAGGUAGACACCACCACCUCGCGGCCUGAAGACACCGCCACUGUGAAGACCACUCCCCAGGCACACCAGGUAGACACCACCACCUCGCGGCCUGAAGACACCGCCACUGUGAAGACCACUCCCCAGGCACACCAGGUAGACACCACCACCUCGCGGCCUGAAGACACCGCCACUGUGAAGACCACUCCCCAGGCACACCAGGUAGACACCACCACCUCGCGGCCUGAAGACACCGCCACUGUGAAGACCACUCCCCAGGCACACCAGGUAGACACCACCACCUCGCGGCCUGAAGACACCGCCACUGUGAAGACCACUCCCCAGGCACACCAGGUAGACACCACCACCUCGCGGCCUGAAGACACCGCCACUGUGAAGACCACUCCCCAGGCACACCAGGUAGACACCACCACCUCGCGGCCUGAAGACACCGCCACUGUGAAGACCACUCCCCAGGCACACCAGGUAGACACCACCACCUCGCGGCCUGAAGACACCGCCACUGUGAAGACCACUCCCCAGGCACACCAGGUAGACACCACCACCUCGCGGCCUGAAGACACCGCCACUGUGAAGACCACUCCCCAGGCACACCAGGUAGACACCACCACCUCGCGGCCUGAAGACACCGCCACUGUGAAGACCACUCCCCAGGCACACCAGGUAGACACCACCACCUCGCGGCCUGAAGACACCGCCACUGUGAAGACCACUCCCCAGGCACACCAGGUAGACACCACCACCUCGCGGCCUGAAGACACCGCCACUGUGAAGACCACUCCCCAGGCACACCAGGUAGACACCACCACCUCGCGGCCUGAAGACACCGCCACUGUGAAGACCACUCCCCAGGCACACCAGGUAGACACCACCACCUCGCGGCCUGAAGACACCGCCACUGUGAAGACCACUCCCCAGGCACACCAGGUAGACACCACCACCUCGCGGCCUGAAGACACCGCCACUGUGAAGACCACUCCCCAGGCACACCAGGUAGACACCACCACCUCGCGGCCUGAAGACACCGCCACUGUGAAGACCACUCCCCAGGCACACCAGGUAGACACCACCACCUCGCGGCCUAAAGACACCGCCACUGUGAAGACCACUCCCCAGGCACACCAGGUAGACACCACCACCUCGCGGCCUGAAGACACCGCCACUGUGAAGACCACUCCCCAGGCACACCAGGUAGACACCACCACCUCGCGGCCUAAAGACACCGCCACUGUGAAGACCACUCCCCAGGCACACCAGAGAGAGUGUACCGACCUCUGCCCCUGUCGACGAGGCAGUGACGUCUCCUCCUCCAGGGGCAGUGCCAACCCUGCCGACGGUUGA